AUGUGCCAAAAUAUUAGAUACACCAACAGGACCAGGAAGACUAGUAAUGUCCCGUCUGAAGAUCAGGUUUUAAUUCAAAGAUUAACUCUCUUUUAUAAAGUUCAAGGAAAUUUAUCGUGUACCCAAUGUUAGUAUUUGGUUGGUAAGAGGGGGAUGUGGGAAAUUCAUGUCUUCUACAGAAAUAGCUUAGUGUGUCGUAUGCUUCAUUUGCUUCCAUAUAUAUUUCACUCAAGUUAAUGUCUUCCUUAGUCUGAAUAAUUUAUUAUUUUAUUGAAGAGUGAAAUUUUACUGAAAAAUACGGAUGAAUACCCAGCAGGAGAUCAUUUUUUGGAUCAGUAAAAGUUGACAGGCUUGGAAAGCAUUCUGUCUUCCAUCAUCAUAUAUAGAUGAUCUGUUUUGCAUUUUUGUGUGUUUCAGCAUAAUAUGUGCAUGAUCUAUUUUUUUAUUUAUGUGCAUUCAUCUUCAUUAUUAUCAUCAUCUUCAAGACACAUUCCCAAUUAUUACGGGUAUUUGGAGGUCUAAAUGCUAAGAAAACUGGUUAGAAACUUCUAUAAUAUAUUGUAUACCUGAUAUCUCAAGGGGAAAAAUUCAUUCUUCUUGGAAGCCAAAAUAAGAAUGGAAAAAGGGUAGUGUUGUCUUAAAUUAACAAAAACCAGUAAAAAUGAAUUAAGUAAGAACAUUCACCUGAAAAUGGACCCUUCUUGAACAAGAUACUCCACGUGACAUGCUAAUGCUGAUAAAGAGGAAAAAAAAAAGGGAAAUAUUGUUUGUAAAGUUCAUGUACAAUACCUUCUUUCUAUGAUUCUGUAUUUUCUUCUAUGUGAGAUAAAUUUGUAAAAAAACCUUAAUAUCUAAAAUAUUUCAGGCCAAGCGUACAGCCGUGUUUGAAGAAUUUGGACGUGAAAUACGUGUUUUCACAAUUCCCACAGCAUCUGAGCCGUCAGCUACUUCUACAUCUCAAAAGGGUACUCGACCUCGUUUUUCAUAUAAUCAUACUUGCAAAAACUUUACCCUGACACUCAUCUCAUUAUCAUCAUUGAUUCAGUUUCAGAUAUCUGAGGUUGGGUACAUGGACCUAUACUGUAUUUGAAUACAAUAUACAAAUCUCUUUUUAUUCAUUAUUUAUGUCUAUGCAUUUCAGUCUUACCCUUCUACUGUUAUAACUUUCUUAGAAAUAAUGGUCAUACGUUUUGGUAAGUACUUAUUUCAGCUUCGUUGAAGGAUUCCACGCCAUAUAAACCAGUUUCAUGGAUUCGCCGCCACCUGUUUCUGGCUCUCAACUAUCCUACUUUCUCUUUUUGAACUCACUCGAUAUACCCUCAUUAUUUUUCAUCACGUUGGCUAGGCACUAUCUCAUGUAGUUACUUCCACAUUUCUAGUUUUUUUUUUUUGGUUAACUCCAUAGCCCUCUGUUCAGAUACAUUGUAGCUUUCUUGUAUAACAUUUCUUUCGAUUUCAGAUUAAUACAACAACCAUGGGACCAAAACCUUACUGUCUGUUUUAUUUUCAUAAAUGAUUCAUUUAUGAAAUGUAAAUGAUUAAAAUACUCUUUUAAGUUAACCCUCAAUUGUUAAAAUUGAAUGGGAAGUUCACUUUUUCUUAUAAUUAUAUUCCCUUCUAUAAACCUUGAAACCCUUAAUAUUUUGACAUCUUUCUAAUUUUCUAACUCGGAUUUUAAUUCGUCAUCAGUUGUAUCCAUGAGCAUAGCGUCCACAAAUAGAGACACCACUUUGAAUGGCGUUUUCGUGUCCAUUCUCAUACAUUCUAUUUGCUCAUUGUAGAAGAUGAACCGGAUGAUGAUUUCUACGAAUUCACUGCUGAUGAUUAUUACAGAACUGUGUCUACCAAAAUUAGAGGUAUUGUUGAUUGUUUAAUACCAUCAGCUCCCUUGGACAUAGGUCAUGAAUUAGUCAUUUGGUUAAUAAUAAUUUUGCUGUAACCCGCUGUUAUUUCUCUGAGAGCUUGACUGUUUCAUGGGCCAUGUGGUGUCGAAUAGAUCAGUUUUUGAAGACUCGCAAGAUUCGCGAAGCAGAGUCUGCUGCACGUAGGGCAAGAAUAACCAAGGUGUGAUCGAUAAUCGUCCAGUGCUUCAUCUACUUUCUCUGGUAUUACCUUUAUUUUUCUGGUUCUAUGAGAUUCAGGAUUCUUCUUCCUGAAUUCCAUGUGGUUGAAAAGGAAAUUAUCUUAUUUCAAGCUCCAAUGUCAUUGUUCUCAUGUUUGGAUUCCUAAAGAACUAAUACCAAGAACUAAACGAUUCCAAAAGACUCUAAGAGAAAUAGAAGUGGACCUGAUAUAGAUUCUUUUUGCUAUCAUUUGAUUAAAAAAGUGUACAGUAAUCAGCUGUGUUUCGUUGUCUUGCUUGGAAAAAAUCUGGGAAAUGAUAUCGAGUUCUGUCUAAUGUUUAAGCCGUAUAAAAUGCUACCUCAGAGAGAGAAUCACGUAAAAGCUGUCAGUGGGAUGCAUAGCUACUUUGAAUAAAUUGAGGGUUUUUUAUGCAAGUUUUAUCAGGAUGAAAUUCGGUUGGAUUUGUGCAAUCUAUGAUGAUAGCAUAUCUAAAAAAUAUAAAAACAAUAGGCAUUUUAUAUGCGAUGCAGAUUAAAUAUCUUGGUGUAUUAGAACGGUCCCUUCUGGUGUUAUGCUCUUUCUAGUGAGUGUAACUCAAUUGUGCCAAUAAGGUGAUGCCACACAGAAUAGAGCUGUAUUAUGCGUCAUUUUCAUUUUCGAGUUUACUUACAGAUUAAACCGUAGAGAUCUGAUUUCAUAUCUCUGCUUGCCUUAGUAAUUUUGUGGCACCCCCUCGGCAUGACUGACCAAUGUGUGACCUGUUUGAAUCCCGACUUGCUUUUAAAUCUUAAAACGGGAAACAUCUUUAGAAAAAUCAUAUAUUCUUGACUCAUUCAACGUCAGGGGUAUAAAAUCCUUUUCUUUUGACUGAUGAGUCCAUGGAUGUUCUUCUUGAGGUCGUCCAUGAAACAUGAGUCAUCGAUGCUUGGUCUAAUCAAUACAUAAAAGUUUUUGUGACGUAGGGGAUGAAAUCCUUCAAUAAGCUGAGCCAUUAUUCCAUUACCUACUAAGCAAUUGUUUGUAUUCACUGUUUUUGUCACUUCACAACCUUCGUUGUUUUAGUUGUUUCUUUGCUAGCUGCCACCGGUUGGGAUGCCGCGAUGACUGGUUCAUGUCUCUCUGAUUUUCUCUAGGCUAUCAUCAGGGUCAAGUUCCCAGAUAACUAUGUGCUGGAGGCAACCUUUCGUCCCUCAGAGACAAUUCAGAGCUUAAUUGAUCUUCUCCUUAAAGCAGUUGCCAGGCCGGAUCUGCCCUUCUACCUAUGUUAGUAAUGCCCGAUUUCCAUCGAGAUGAUGGGCUUUACCCAUUAUUCAUCCUUUUCUUCGUGCUGGAGGCGGCUGCAUUUCGGUGUCAAUACUGAUGAUGGGGCGAAGUUGGAUUUUAUUUUAUUUUAUUGUGUGGAUCUCUUGUGCCAUCCCUCAUGGUCUCUUUGAGUUGGGGUUCCCCGUGGAUGCCCAUUCUCAAGAACUCGCAUUAUCUUGAUGCAGAUACGACGCCCCCAAAGCAGCGGAUCAAGGAUGCAUCCGUGGACUUCUACUCUGCCGGGUUUGCUCCUGGUGCUAUCGUCUACUUCUCCUACGACCAACCCAAAGGUGCUGUCUACUCCUUCCAUCUCUCCAGGAUAAUAAUUAACAGAUGGAUAGGUUGAGGGGCAGACUGAUAGACUCACUCACAUCUAUAUGCAUAUACAUCACUUCCUCUCUCUCUCUCUCUCACUCGCUAAGAAUGACUAUGUAAAGAGGGCUUCCCCUCUAUGUCUGUCUGUGUUUGACACUUCGUAGGAAGCGAAGAGGAGAAAUCGGUGCCGUUCCUCCGCGAAGACAUCCUCUCUCUGGGCGCUGUGGAAGCCGCCGCCGCUGAGAAGGCCGAACCUGAGGCGGAGCCCCCUGCCGAAGAGGAGCGAACCCCUGCCGUCGCCGCCGAUCCAGAGCUGCAGAGGCCCGCAGAGAAGAAGACGACCAAGCCCAAGUGGUUCAAGAUGUGA